AUGUCUUCCACACCCGGUAACAAACGGGGCCUGCUUGACCCUUUAGUGCCCAUGUUCGCGAAGCGUCAGAAAUCGCGUCCCCCGACCCCAGAUCCCUCUUCAAAUACUAAUAAUGUAGAUCAAAGCCCAGACGUCUCAAGUGAGGCGCCUCAAAUCCAGCCUGCCAAUACAGUCCCUCGUGACAGGAUGAGCACACCCCCACCUGCCAUAGCUGACAGUAUAAUGGGAACUCCAGCUCCACCUCUUCCCCAGGAUCCAUCGAAUACUACGGGCUCUGGAGUGAUAACGGCUCAAAAAAAGUCAACGGAUGGGCCACUGCUCAAACGCGUUGGCACGGCGCUUAAGGCCUUUCGUCACGGUGCGGGUGCGUUCCCACCGCUCCAGGCCACUAUCGACGAUGUGAUAUCCUGCUUCGAGACACUCAAGAUAGAGCCAGAGUAUCAGCGAGAGUACGACGCACUCCUACACGAGCUUGAGUCGCUGAGUGAGACUCUCGUCCAUCACCUGCAAAGCUCGAGCUCUGCCCAUAUGUCUAUUGUGAAACAAACCGAUGUGAUCAGGAAGAGACGUGAUCAGCCCCCGGAACGCAAGCUGACAAAAGCCGCACAAGAUGAUAAUGAAGUUCUGAGUGCAUAUCGUGGAAUCGAGAGGGCGUUUCGGCAGCUGCAAACCGACGCAGGGUUGAGUGUAUGGAGCAUCGUGGAAAAACAGGCCGCAGAUAGUUUUCUUGAGAAGCUGGCCCCAUCUAGACUAGCCGCACAUAACUCUACUCUGGCAACAGACGUCAAUCGCCGAUCCUGCACCCAACAUACACGCACCCGGAUCCUGCUCGAGCUCGACCAAUGGGCAGCCGACCGUCAGACACCGAACAUAUACUGGAUGAGCGGCAUGGCUGGUACCGGCAAGACUACCAUCGCAUAUACGUUUGCCGAGUCGCUCAAGGCACGUGGACUACUUGGGGCAAGCUUCUUCUGCACACGAGCGUCAAGUGAAUGCCAGGAUGUGGGACGGAUCGUACCGACAAUCGCAUAUCAGCUUGCGCGCUACUCGAUGAGCUUCCAAUCGGCGGUUGCAAAGGCACUGGAGGGCGAUCCUGAUAUCGGGACCCGGGCUAUAACGGAGCAAUGCGAACGGCUGAUCAAAGAGCCCCUAAGUCGAGUGAAGGACAACAUACCGGAUGGACUUGUGAUUGUAAUUGAUGCACUAGACGAAUGCAGCAGCGCAAACGGAGUGAGGACAAUCCUGGACGUACUCUUCAAAACUGCUCCCGAAUUUCCUCUCAAGUUCUUUGUGACGAGCCGACCGGAGCCAGACAUCCGCCACCGGAUAGAGGCCCAGCCCGACCGCGCCCGCUCGAUCUGCACACUACAUGAUAUCGAGGCGUCGCUUGUGCAAGCGGACAUCGAGCUAUACCUUCGGGACGAGCUUGCGGACACCUCUGUCUCCGAAACCGAUAUGAUGCGUCUUGCAAACCUGUCUGGCAAACUGUUCAUAUAUGCGGCCACGUCGAUUCGGUAUAUUCGGAGAAAAGGAACGACAGUGGACCAUGACCGACUUGACGCUAUUCUGAGAUCAUCUUCUGAAUCAAUCUCACGACACGUUGGCAUCGACCGGCUGUAUACCACAAUUCUGGAUGCUGCGACUGCAGAGUUUGAGGAAGAGCCAGAAGAGCAAGAUCAGAUGUGUCGAAUGCUAUGGACUGCAGUAUGCACUCGAGAACCGGUCAACGUCGAUACACUGGCAGCACUGACCGGGAUCAAACCAUCAAAGGCCAACAUACUGCUGCAGUCCCUGUACUCGGUACUACACGUAUCGCAAACGACUAGCAUGAUCACGACAUUGCAUGCAUCGUUCCCGGACUUCAUGUUCGAUGAAGCACGGUCGAAAAGGUUCUACUGCGACGAAGCGAAGCAUAGUCAAGUGCUUGCCCAAGAGUGCUUCAAGGUGAUGGAAGCGCAGCUGCGAUUCAACAUCUGUGGUCUAGAGAGCUCAUUUAUCACCGAUAGCGAAGUGCAAGACCUGGAUGCUCGGAUAACAAGGUCAAUCUCGCCGACGCUGUCGUAUGUUGCGCACUACUGGGGAGGCCAUGUGGUCAAGAGCGAGCCUUGCGAAGCAGUUCAGAAAGGGCUAGAAGGCUUCCUAUCGCAUCGGCUGCUGUUUUGGAUGGAGGUGCUGAGCCUGAAGCGUACGCUCGACAAGGGAAUUAGCAUGCUGUCGGCGCUUAAGGCAUGGCUGACGGGCAAAAGUGCAUUACCAGAAAUAAUCAGCUCACUGAAUGACUCGUGGAUCUUUAUGUCAAAGUAUGCGGCCGGAUCGGUUUCGCAGUCAACACCGCAUAUAUACAUCUCGGCACUGCCAUUUUGCCAUCACUCAAACUCCGUACGCAAGCAAUACUGGGGUCGCACUCAGGGGCUCCUUCAUCUGCAAGGCUCUGCAAUAGAGGAAAGUCAAACAGCACUACUUGCACAAUGGUCGAUGAACUCGCCCGCCCGAUGCCUUGCAUUCUGUCCUGACGGGUCUCGACUUGCAGUUGGAUUUGAUGAUGGCACAGUUUGCGUAUUGCAUGGCCAUAACGGAGCAGUUGCUCUAGGACCCCUCAAGGGGCACACCGACACAGUCAGUCAUGUGGCAUUUUCUCCCGACGGAUCGCUGCUUGUCUCUGGCUCUGACGACGGUACAGUCCUUGUCCGGGAUGCACAAACGGGCAACUGCAUAUAUGACGUCAUCCGGGGCCAUGAAAGUCGAGUGACGUCAGUGUGUUUUUCGCCCAAUGGCAAGUAUCUCCUCUCAGGGUCUUGGGACCAGACAACGCGAAUGUGGGACAGUGGCAAUGGCAGUCUGAUACCCAACUCCAUCAAACGUCAUCCUUCCUCAGUCAUCUGCACGGCAUUCUCUCCUGAUGGCAAGCAUAUCGCAUGUGGCUUGGCAAGCAAGGAGUGUCCCAUCGUUGUUUACGACGCAUCCACUGGCGAGUCGCUCCCAUUUCCAUUUGAUGCUCAUCAGUCCUUGGUCUAUUCAAUUGCCUUUUCGCCAAACAGCAACCACCUUGUCACUGGCCAUGUAUCCGGUGAACUGCGCGUCUGGAGUCUCCACAACGGCACCGCCACACACUCCCCACCCAAAGUACACAACCGGGAAAUCACAUCCAUUGGGUUUUCGCCACUCGGAGACAAACUCGUCACUGGCUCUUAUGAUAGGUGCGUGUAUAUAUGGGAUGUAGAGAACGGCUACUCCAACCCUUGCCUACUUGCCACACACCACGAUUGGGUUUACUCCGCUGCGUUCUCACCCGACGGCACACGAAUCGUGUCAUGCUCAAGGGAUGACAUCAAGAUGUGGAAUGCACUUCAUUCGACAUCCUCUCACACGCGGAAAUGGAAGACGCCAACCGAUGUUGUCUAUUCGGUUGCAAUCUCGCCUGAUGGUUCACGCAUCGCCGCGGCGGGUGAAGACAAAGCGAUCUAUAUGUUCAACGCACACGACGGCACUCCCGCUCUCGAGCCACUUGUCGCGCAUGUCAAGGAGAUCAACUCGGUGGCGUUCUCGCCCGACGGCAGGUACCUUGUUUCUGGCGGUGCUGACAAUGCCAUCUGUCUGUGGGAUAGCACAACCGGCAAGCUGCUAUUCGUCCCGCUUCGGGGGCGUGAGGGAUUGGUCUGGUCGGUCUUAUUCUCCCCCGACAGCAGGCGCAUGGUUUCUGCCUCUCAUGGCUGGACGGUAGAAAUGUGGGACGUGGGCGAUGGGACUCUGGUGCCUAGCGACCUGAUCGGAAGACUCGAGUACAAGGUCGACUCAGUGGCAUUCUCGCCCGACGGUGAACGCAUUGCUUUCGGCUGUGGGGAUGGGAGGAUUCGUAUGUGGGACUUGCAGACGCUGGUGCUGGUGUUCGAUCUGCCUGUGUUGCAGCACCGAAACGAGGAUAUCGAUUCGCUAACAUUUUCGCCUGAUGGCAGAUUCAUUGUUUCUCAUUCAUUUGCCGGUGGUAUCCGCGUGUUCGAUUCGCACAGUUGCGACUUUGUUCUAGGUCCUCUCGGUAGAUCCUUUGAUUAUGGAAUCCCAGCUGUGUUCUCGCCUGACGGCGAUUACAUCGUAUUAGGCUCGUCUGGGGGAAGCGUUCGAAUAUGGAGGGUGGAAGGUUGGGCCCCUGCAUAUGAGCCACUCGAGGGCCACCAAGACUUUGUCUGCUCCCUGGCAUAUUCGCCUGACGGUGCAUACAUCGUCUCAGCCUCACAAGACUCGACGAUCCGAGUAUGGAAGGCACCAGGAAGACGCGCCAUCUCCAGCUCAUCCCAAUAUGACUCUUCGACUUCAGAUCAGAGAGAGCCACAUGCUGCGAUUGCUGGUGGAAUGACGAUCGGUGACGAUGGGUGGGCACGAAACCGCGACUCACAGCUACUGUUCUGGGUUCCGUCUGAUAUGGUCGUGCUUUUCCCCCGGCUCAGGGGCGUGUAUACCAUUGCACCCGAAGGCAUACUGCGAGUGGACUAUGACCAGCCGCUGUUGCUUGGUGAAGAGUGGCAUCGAUGCUACGUGGGCUGA